AUCAACCUGGAUAUAUUGGAGAGCAAGUUAACAAAUCGCUUGACCAUUCAGUUCGAUCUAUGCCACCUUCUUCCUAUAGAAUUUUACAUUUAAUCGUUCAUGCCUUAAUUGGAUCUUCUGCGUGCUCUCCGGCAACAUUAAAUUUCUUAUGCAGACAUAACAAAACAGCAAAUAACACUGAACAAUAUUGUCUGGGCCAUAUUAUUACUGAUUGGACAGUUCUUAGACAAAUUCUUAAUUGUUCAGACGAAAACUUGGCAUUGCUAUUUCAUUCAUUACUUACUACAAUGACACAAACACCUCCACCUCCGUCAAUGCUAAGGACAUCAGCUGAACGUGAAACUUGGGAAACGCAAUUUACCAGAAAUUACGUUUCUCCAUUAAUUAGGAGUGUUACCGAAACAGUAACAAACUUUCGCACAGCAUUAGCCGCUGCAUCUACAGGUCAAGGCAAUAAUGCUAAUAUUAUUGAAUCAGAAAUUGAUCAAACAAGGGCGAUCGAUGAUGAAUAUCGACUUUCGAAAUUGCCACAGCUUUGGCGUAAAAUUGACAUAAUUACUUUCAAUAGUUUCCGUGCUUAUUAUAAUGGAAACCUGGCGCAAUACCAAGCAAAAUAUCCAUUUAUUGCGGUAUUCUUUAAAUAUUCUGAACGAUUAGAAAUGAUUAAGAACCUUUGGCCAAUUGUACAAUUCGUACAAACUUUGUCUUCGCGUCUUUCCUAUCGAAUUA